AUGGACCAAAACUUUUUGACUCAAUUUGAAAAGCAGGUUGAAAGUGAUGUAUAAAAGCUAGGGGGCCAGCUUUAUGAAUUAACCUAAAAUUUUGUAGAUAUAUGUAAUUAAAAGCAUCCAUAACAAAUAGAUGAUUAUGUGUAAUGUAGAAAUUAGAGAGAUGUUUUUUUGAGAUAAGAAUUGACUAAUCUCUCUUUAAGAGUCAAGUAUGUUAAAUACAAAACCGAAGAAUGCUGCGAUAUUAAAGGCUACAAUGGAAUUGUCGAAUGCUCUGACUUAUUUAAAUAAAAACUUAAUGAAUAAUAUUUAUUGACCUUCAAAAACCUUAAUAACUAUAACUGA